CUAGACAGAUUAAAAUCUCGCACAUCUGAGGCUUUGUUUUGUUUGAUACAUUUUUUCAAGCGAUUACCUUCCUGCCUGUGCUGUUUGACGAUCUCUGCAAAAGUUUUCUAACAAUUUUAUAUUUUUUCUAUAAAUUCUGUUUUACUUUCAAAUUGCGAUUAAUUCAAACUUGAAAAAUUUCUGUUACAAUUGUCAUUGGAGUGAAUUCUGUGCAGCAUAAAAGAACAAAACGUUCAAGUCUCAGCAUACGUUUAAAUCUUUAUUUAUAAAAAAAUAAAGUAUAUACAUUAUAAAAAUGAAGGAAACGGAAAAUCCCCAGGACAUCAAUGUCUUGAAACAAAAGGAAUUGUUGUAUAGAUUGAUGAUAAGUCAGCUGGAAUACGACGGGCAGACGGCGUUGGCAGGACAGCUGGCGGCGGCAGUGCAGGCGGCGGCCGACCCGCCGUGUCCACCGUCCGACCGUCUGCUGCAUCUCUGCAUGAUCGGCCUGCAACACGAGCCCGACCGUCGCAGUCACGGCCACUCCCUCGGUCUACUCAACCCCGUACAGGAAAUACUCAUCGGCCCUGGUCUUGAUUUGGAGUUCGAGACGGACAUAGAUUGCUCGGCGCCAGAGCCGGCGCAGUACGAGACGGCGUAUGUGACGUCACACAAGGGUAACUGCCGGGCGGGCGCCUUCAGCAUGGAUGGGCAGCUGGUGGCCACGGGCAGUGUCGACGCUUCCAUCAAGAUCUUGGACGUGGACCGUAUGCUGGCGAAAUCGUGUCCGGACGGCAUUGAGACCUCGUCGGCCACAGAGGGCCAGGGCCAUCCCGUCAUCCGCACCCUCUACGACCACCUCGAGGAGGUCACCUGUCUCGAGUUCCAUCCUCGCGAGCCGAUCCUCGCCUCCGGAUCUCGUGACUUUACCAUCAAAAUGUUCGACUAUGCAAAGGCUUCGGUCAAGAAGGCCUUCAAAACCAUUACUGAUGCUGACCACAUCAGGUGCAUGUCGUUCCACCCGAGCGGUGACUUCCUGGUGGUGGGCACCCAACAUCCGGUCAUCCGACUCUACGAUGCCAACACGGCACAGUGCUUCGUCUGCAGUGUGCCCAAGCAUCAACACACGGCUCCCAUCACCUCUGUCAAGUAUUCAUCGAAUGCGAAGUACUUUGCGUCGGGCAGCCGGGACGGAAGCAUCAAGUUGUGGGACGGUGUGUCCAACCGGUGCGUCAACACGUUCGAGAAGGCCCACGACGGCCAUGAGGUCUGCUCCGUCCUGUUCACCAGAAACGGAAAGUAUCUGCUUUCGUCUGGGAAAGACUCGUCGGUGAAGCUGUGGGAACUGAGCACAAGUCGCCUCCUCAUCUCAUACACGGGUGCUGGCACUACAGGUAAGCAGGAGCACAGAGCGCAGGCGGUGUUCAACCACACAGAGGACUUUGUGAUGUUCCCGGAUGAGGCGACCACAUCGCUCUGUGCCUGGAACUCUAGAAACGCGUCGCGUUGCCAACUAUUGUCACUCGGUCAUAACGGUCCGGUGCGACUGAUAGUGCACUCGCCGCAUACGGCUGCUUUCCUCACCUGUUCCGACGACUUCAGAGCACGCUUCUGGUACAAGCGACUUGUACACUGAGCAAACCCCAACCUCAACCACCACAUUCAAUUACAAUUAUGUAUUCCAAGUGUUAUACAAUCUCAAAGGUCGCACCUUCAAUAAGAUCCGCUCAAUAAUAUCUACAUGGAAGCCUAAUUAUAAGAAAAAGCUCCAAGUCUGAAAAGGGGUAUUCAAUGUGACUAAUUCGUGAAGAGUAACAACACAACUCAUGCUAGUAUACUUGAGGCCGGGUUUCUAGGACACUUGACUUAUUAAAUCUUAUUUGUCAAUUGAAUCUGUAGUUUUAGAACAGAGAUUUAAACCACAGUUCUAAAACUAUAGUUUGAAUGGAGCAAUUACAUUUAGAAAAGAAUGACUUUUUUAUUUGUUGACGUGCUGAAGUUUGGACAGUAAAGUACACUCUACCACUUAACCACAAAGAUUUAGUAAUUAUAGUUCUAAAACUAAAUGUUUACUGAACCAAUUGGAUUUAAUAAGUGCCCUAGAAACCGUGGCGAAGACUAAUAAAUGUAGUGUGAUAGGUUGUAUUACUUAAAAGACUUUUGUAACGUUUUUAUACUUAAAAACAUUUCCGUUCUAAAAUGAACGUAUUCCAUUAUUAGUAGGCCUUGAAAUACAGGAGCUGAUGAUUUUAAAGCUUGAAAUGUAACUUUAUUUAACUUAUAAUAUCUCUAAAAUGUUUUCAUAAUCAUCAUCUUACGUUUCAGUAGACUUUUGUUUUCCAAACUUGUGUGAAAAAUCUCAUUCAGCUACAUGAAAUUCUUGUAUUUAUUUCUAUCAUAUUGUUGUGAAUAAAUCGUGUUUUUUUAUAAAUU